CUGCAACGGAGCCCAGAAGCUUCUUAGUGGGCGGGAAGGCGGCAAAGGACAACAGGCCGCUGACGGCAGCGGGUCACGUGACGCUGCGUGGGCCGAAGUUGCAACAGCUGGAGCGGAGCAGAUAUAGGCAGGAGGGGUCGUUUGCGGCGCGUGGCCGGGUGGGCGUCUCGCUGGAGCCUGGGAGGUCGCUGCUGCUCGCUUCCCUUACUCCUGCUGCGAUCCAGUUUUCCGUAAUGUAUCAAGAACGGGAUUCAGCUGCGCAAGAGGGUGCAAAUUUGAAGACGAUUGAAGAAGAGUACAAGGAGGCAUUUGUGUUUGUUAAUAAAGCCCUGAAUGCAGAUGAGCUUGGACAGAAGGAAGAAGCAAGGAAUUAUUACAGGCAGGGUAUUGACCACUUGCUCAGGGGAACUAGCGUCCCGUCCCAAGGUCAUGGAUGCACCGGGGACCGAUGGGAGUCUGCCAGGCAAAUGCAGCAAAAAAUGAGAGAGACGCUACAAAACGUUACUGCACGCCUAAGCAUUCUAGAUGAAAAUGCACAGCCUAAACCCAUUGCCAUGUGUCCUCCUAUGGAAGCGCCCAGGAUAUACCCAACAAUUCCAGCCAAAGAAAAACCAGAGAGGCCUCCUGUACCGAAUUCACUGAUGACUCCAUCACACCUGGCUGCAGCAGGUGGAAAUGCUGGCUGUACAAGCCAAGGGCAAGCUGCUGUGAUGAGUCCUUCAUCUGCAAUGCCCACUGAGGAACCCCCAGCUUAUACACCUGAGGCCACGGGUGGGCACUACACUGUGUCGUACGGGACAGACUCUGGGGAGUUCUCCUCGGUCGGAGAUGAUUUCUACACGAAAUGCACACAGCCUCCACCUGUUCAGACGUUGGGGGUAGAUGCUGAUGAACUGAUCCUCAUUCCCCACGGGGUGCAGAUAUUCUUUGUGAGUCCUGAUGGACAAGUGAGCGCUCCCUCGUAUCCCGGAUACCUUCGCAUUGUGAAGUUAUUGGACACGGAUGCUGCAGCAGCCCAGAAUCGCCCCCCUGCUUUCCUUCAGGUUUGUGACUGGUUGUAUCCUCUUAUGUGCAACCAGUCUCCUGUCCUCUCCUGUAGCACAGGAGUCUACAUGUUCCCUGACUUGAUGUCACAGGUGCCAGGAUCCUAUGUGGGAGUAGUGUUAUCUUCAGAACUUCCAGCUGCUGACAGAGAACUGUUUGAAGAUCUGCUAAAACAGAUGUCUGACCUUAGAGUGCAGGUUCCAGGAUCCCAUGAGGGACUAGGGUUACCGUCCCAACGCUCAAGAUCUUACAAAGAGCUUUUUGAGGAUCUGUUUAAACAAAGAUCUGAUCUCAGAGCCAAGCCUGCAGAAGCUUCUAGUGAUGCGAUUAACCUGGCCGAGACUGUACGUAUUGAGCCAGCGUCUGAAGAGAGGGAAGGAGAGUUACCUGACUGGAGUGAGAAAAUGGCCCAUGGAAUCUUAACAGGAGCAUCCUGGGUCAGCUGGGGCCUGGUCAAAGGAGCAGAAUAUACCGGGAAAGCAAUCCACAAGGGAGCUUCCAAACUAAGAGAGCACAUUCAGCCAGAGGAAAAGCCAAUGGAAGUCAACCCAACCGUAGCUAAAGGGCUGCAUGUAGCCAAGCAGGCUACAGGAGGAGCUGUGAAAGUCAGCCAGUUCUUAGUGGAAGGCGUGUGCUCUAUAGCAAGUUCUGUGGGAAGAGAGUUAGCCCCCCAUGUCAAGAAGCAUGGAAGCAAACUGGUUCCAGAAUCCCUUAAGAAAGACAAAGAUGGAAAAUCUACUUUCGAUGGUGCUCUGGUUGUUGCGGCAAGUGGUGUUCAAGGGUUUUCAACAAUAUGGCACGGUUUGGAAAGCGCUGCAAAGUGUAUUGCUAAAAAUGUGUCUAAAGAGACGGUUCAGACUGUCAAGUACAAAUUUAAAAGUAGGGGGAAAGGAGAUGAGUCUUCAGUUGCAACUAAGAGUGAAAAGCAAUAAGUAACUUGCAGUUAUCUCCAACUAACUAAUGAUUCAAGUAUUCACCCCAUCUCCUGUUUAUGUAAGAGUAUAAUAGAAAACACAUCCUAAUGAAAUAAGUAGACUUUUUCUUCCAAGACAAAAGGCCACAUCAAAAAUCUGUUGCAUACAAGGGGAUUGUGGUUUACUGGUACUUUAAGAUGUGUGCAAUGUAGUAUUUUUAUUAGCAUGGCAGAUGCACCUCAUAUAUAUUAUUUUUAUUGUGUUUCUCAUAAUAGGCAGCUUUUUUUUUUAAGUGUGUGUACACUCGUGUGAAGAAGAUUGGCAAUUUUAGGUCACCAUAAUGCAUACCUAGCAAAAUGAUCUUCAACCUGGAAGAACCCAACCCUCUGGGCAUUUAAAAGGGUCCAGAAAUCUUGCAAUGCUAAUUGUUCACUAACAAUAAAUAGCUGCGCUAGAAUAUGAGAAACAAGCUCCAAAUGUAUAUCUGCAUUGCCGCAAAAUAUUUUAAGUUCUUGGCACUUUUUAUAUCCACCUGCAUUCAAUAAAUAUUUUUAACAUGUAAACUCCUGCCCACUGUUGGUUCUGCAUAGUUGUGAGAUGGUGUGAAUACUCUUGUUCCUUUUGGCACAGCUUGAGUCAGUUUUGCUUUCUUCUAAUAUGGGUGUUUAUGGCUAAUGUCAUGGGGAAACUAACAAAAAUGAAAAUCUUUUGCUGUCCAAUUAAUUUUAUCAGAUUUGUCGUGUUCCGCAAAUAAUUCCAAGGCUGCUAUGCUGUCACAUUGUAAGAAAUAUAGUAUUAGGGAUUCUUUUCCAUUCAGUCUUAAUGUGUGUUCCGAAAUAGGCAGAUUACUACUGUGUUUGGUCAAGACCUGUAUUGAUUAUGCCAACAGCAAUCAAUGUUUCAAAGGGAGACUUCAGUUUUUUGGCUUUAAAAUUUAGUUGGCCACUGUAGUAGAUUAGCAAAGGAUAGCUUCAGCAUUUUUGUGUACAGUAUUGUUACUCUUUUGCAGCCAGUUAACAUGUAGGAUUUUAGCGUUUUAAGUAGUAGGCUGUAUUAUUGCCCUGUUUGGUUACUUUUUUAGAAUUGUUUGCAUUUUUUCAUAUGUAUCAGAAGUCCCCUUUGCAUAGUUCAUCCCAGAGUGGCAUGUGAAUAAACUUGACUUAAGCACGGCAGGAUUCCUUCAUCAUCAAUCCCAGCUGAUAAAAUGCUUUCUCUAAUACAUCACUGGAAAGGGGUUGAAAUACUUGCUUAGUUCUUCUCAACCAGAAGGAAAGUUUAUCCUCGUAUAAUUGUGGAAAUUGAGUAACUAAAUAACAAGGGGAAUAGCUUUGUGCAGUCAUCAUUUACGCAUAUACUAAGAACUUAAAGUGAACUUUGAGCAUUGUAUGGGGCCACUCUCAACUGUUUUGUAAUUUCUGGUUGGGUUGGGAGAUUCUUAAUUUUUUUCAGGGCAAAAAUGUAGAUUUCCAGACUUAUUUUUACAAUAAAAUGUAUUAACUUAUUUUAAAAAUUCUUAACAUUUUAACAGCAGUACUUUAACUAUUGUAGGGAUAACCUAUUGAACCUGGAGCUUUUAAAUUUCUCUUUGUCACAGAGCACAUUUUAUAACAUGGUUUAGUUAGCAGCUUCAGCAAAAAAAAUUGUUUUAUGUGGUAAUUCUGGGGAGACGAAAGCUUUAUCUAUCUACCAAGUGUAAGCACAACUUUGGAAUUUGCGUUGAAGGCCAAGUAAAAACUGAAGCAAGAGACAAAAACUAGGACAGACUAGCAGCCCUAAAACAUUAAGAUUGUUUUUGCUAAUCUUCUUCUGUGCUUUGGGAAGAUUUCAAAAGUGAAUCAAGCCAGUCUGUAUGCUGAUUUCAGGUUUUCCAAAUUAAAUUUAAGCAUCUACUUGGGAAUGAGGGCAUGCAUGCAAAGAUUAAACAACAAUCGUAGCAUUUAUGUACAAAUGAGGAAACUCCAUUGACAUGCUCCUUAUUUUCAUUAAGGUACGGGGAUGAUGCGGGCCAUGCUACUGACAACGCAGUGAGUUCUGCUAUCAAUGUUGGUGUGGCAGCUUUCAAUAUCGACAAUAUUGGAAUCAAAGCUAUAGUGAAGAA